CACACACACUGUGACUUGGAACCUUCCCAUUUUUACUCUGCUCAGUUGACGUAGCAGGGUUUUAGAGCAGCAUUUAUAAAUUUCCAGAAUGGAGAUCUCCUCCCAUCAGUCUCAACUCUUGCAACAACUGAAUGAGCAGCGCCGGCAGGACGUGUUUUGUGAUUGCAGUAUUCUCGUAGAAGGGAAGGUCUUCAAAGCACAUCGAAAUGUGUUAUUUGCUAGUAGUGGCUACUUUAAAAUGCUUCUUUCUCAGAAUUCAAAGGAGACAAGCCAGCCGACCACAGCCACGUUCCAGGCUUUCUCCCCUGACACUUUUACAGUUAUCCUAGACUUCGUCUAUUCCGGCAAACUCUCUCUGACUGGUCAGAAUGUCAUAGAAGUGAUGUCGGCUGCCAGCUUCCUUCAGAUGACUGAUGUCAUUAGUGUAUGUAAGACCUUUAUUAAAUCUUCGUUAGACAUUAGUGAGAAAGAAAAAGAUCGCUAUUUCAGUCUCUCCGAUAAAGAUGCCAAUUCUAAUGGUGUAGAACGUUCCUCUUUUUAUAGUGGUGGCUGGCAAGAAGGAAGCAGCUCUCCACGUUCUCACCUAAGCCCAGAUCAAGGAACAGGUGUGAUAAGCGGGAAACCUUGGAAUAAGUAUAAUUACCAUCCAACUUCCCAAAGGAAUACUCAGCAACCUUUGGCCAAGCAUGAACCAAGGAAAGAUUCCAUUAAAAAGCCCAGACAUUUGAGAUUGUCACAGCCUUCUGAAAUUGCUCAUUAUAAGUCAAGCAAGCGAGAAGCACGAACAUCUGAUUCUUCCAGCCACAUUUCCCAAUCUGAAGAGCAAGCACAAAUUGAUGCUGAAAUGGACUCUCCUGCUGUUGGCUAUCAGUACGGUCAAGGCUCUGAUGUCACAUCAAGAAGUUUCCCAGAUGAUUUGCCCAGGAUGAGAUUCAAGUGCCCAUACUGCACACACGUGGUGAAGCGGAAAGCCGACCUAAAGCGCCACCUUCGUUGUCAUACAGGAGAACGGCCCUACCCAUGUCAAGCUUGUGGGAAGAGAUUUAGCAGGCUAGACCACCUCAGUAGCCAUUUUCGAACAAUUCACCAGGCAUGCAAACUAAUCUGCAGAAAAUGCAAACGCCAUGUGACUGAUCUAACAGGUCAAGUGGUCCAGGAAGGAACCCGGCGCUAUAGACUCUGUAAUGAGUGCCUUGCUGAAGUUGGCAUAGACAGCCUCCCCAUUGAUCUGGAAGCUGAACAGCAUCUUAUGUCCCCAUCAGAUGGCGAUAAGGACUCCAGGUGGCACUUGACUGAAGAUGAGAAUAGAUCGUAUGUGGAGAUUGUAGAGGAUGGGUCUGCUGAUCUGGUCAUACAACAAGUUGAUGAUAGUGAAGAAGAAGAAGAAAAGGAAAUAAAGCCCAACAUUAGGUAGCUGUAAUGUGAACCAACAGAGCUGGCAUGUCUGCAAUUUACAUCGACUUCCUAUAUCUCUCUUUUCCAUGGUCAGAGACUGGUUAACAUAUUGUCAGACUGACUUAAAAGUAAUGGCCUACUAUAACUUGCAUGCUUUCUGAACAGGCCAUUGUAUCCAUUCUGAACUUUUUUGCCCUAAAACAUGUUGCUGCACUGGAAAGAAAGACUUAGCUUGAGUUGGCAUGAUCGAUGAACAGUUAAUCGUCUUACUUUUUUAUCGCCUUUUUUCUUUUAAUAUUGGAAGAUCUACUUAGCAAACCUUUUUCAAAUAAAAUAUUUCGUAAAUAUUUUUAUUGAUUUCAGAGAGGAAGGGAGAGGG